AGGGACUUAAACCAUGGCGGAUACAAUGGUUGCACAUAUGGAUCGACAUAAUAAGCUUGAUGUUGAGAUGUCAGAAGAUGACAAGAAAUUAACAAAGCUAUGCUCUCUGAAGAAGAAGGCAAUAAAUGCGACGAACAAGUUUAAGCACUCGAUGACCAAGAAAGGUCGAAGGCAUAGCCGUGUGAGGUGUGUCUCAAUCGUUGAUGAAAUCGACACAGAAGAGUUGCAAGCGGUUGAUGCUUUCCGUCAAGCUCUUAUCUUAGACGAACUACUUCCCUCUAAACACGAUGAUCAUCAUAUGAUGCUUAGGUUCUUGAGGGCAAGAAAGUUUGAUACCGAAAAGGCAAAGCAAAUGUGGGCUGAUAUGCUUAACUGGAGGAAAGAAUAUGGCGCAGACACGAUCAUGGAGGACUUUGAUUUUAAAGAAAUCGAAGAAGUGGUUAAGUAUUAUCCACAAGGGUAUCAUGGUGUUGACAAGGAAGGAAGACCUAUCUACAUCGAGAGGCUAGGCCAAGUCGAUGCCACGAAGAUGAUGAAAGUGACCACAAUCGAUAGGUACGUCAAGUACCAUGUGAAAGAGUUCGAGAAGACUUUCAACGUCAAAUUCCCCGCUUGUUCCAUCGCUGCCAAAAGACACAUUGAUCAGAGCACAACGAUCUUGGAUGUUCAAGGCGUGGGGCUUAAUAACUUCAACAAAGCUGCAAAAGAUCUUCUUCAGAGUAUUCAGAAAAUCGACAACGAUAACUAUCCUGAGACUCUGAACCGUAUGUUCAUCAUCAAUGCUGGUUAUGGGUUUAGGCUUGUAUGGAGCACAGUGAAAUCUUUCCUUGACCCAAAGACUACAGCCAAGAUUCACGUUCUAGGCAACAAAUACCAAAGCAAACUGCUAGAAAUAAUUGACGCCAAUGAACUGCCUGAGUUUUUAGGUGGUAAGUGCACCUGCACAGAUAAAGGUGGAUGUAUGCGUUCAGACAAAGGUCCAUGGAACGACCCCGAGAUCUUCAAGUUGGUUCAGAACGGUGAAGGUAGAUGCCCGAGGAAGAGCUUGUCAGGGAUCGAGGAAAAGACGAUCUCAGAAUACAAGAACGAGACUAAGUUGAAGAAAUGCGAAACGUUCGAACCAGAAGAGACUACUUAUAAGCAUUCUCCUACGGAGAAGGAGAACAAGUUCAUCGACAAGACUGUGGAUGCUGCUGCUUGGCCUAGAAAGCUUCACAAGGCUAACAAUGACUUUGCCGAGUCUAAAGAUUUAAACCCGUUGGAGAGUAAAGGCUACUUAUACGGCGGCGUGAUGGCAUUACUUAUGGGGAUAGUUGGCGUGAUGAGGCUAACCAAGAACAUGCCAAGGAAGCUCACCGAGACGAGCGGCACAGACGGAGUCACGAUUAUGUCCAGGCACGACUACAUGGCGAUGGUGAAGAAGAUAACAGAUCUGGAGGAGAAAUGCAACUCCAUGGAUGCUCAGGCUGCCUUAUCUCUCGAGAGGGAGAAGAUUCUCGACGCUGCACUUCGUCGUGUUGACCAGCUCGAGCUUCAGUUGUCUGAAACCAAGAAGGCGCUGGACGAGACCAUGGCGAGGCAACAUGAGGUAAUGGCGUACAUCGAGAAGAAGAAUAAGAAAAAGAGGAGGAAGUUCUUAUUUUUCUGAAAGACUGCUUCAGAGUGCGCUACAGUAGGAAGAGCGUCUUAAGCCUCAGGCUUCUAAAAGAAGCCUAGAAAAUAAAAUACAUUUCCAUUUUCUAUAAUUUUAUGAACUGUAGAAGAUAUAAUGAC